GUUGUAGAAAUGGAGAUGAUACAUAAGAAGUUAUUAGCUGAAUGGAAUAAGGAACCGAAGAUUCUAACUGCAGUUAGUAGUGCACUAAAACAAGCUAAGGAAGUAAUGGAGAAUCCAGAGACAUUAAGAGGAUUAAGCAGCGCUGCGCUACAUACCAUACACCGAGAUGUGUACGAAAUUGAUGCUCUUUAUGCGGUGCUUCAAUCUGAUCUUAAAGCUUUUCGUGAAGCGAUCAGCGUUGUGAUGAAUUUUUACGAUUGUUACAGAUCGAAUGAAGAGUCACCGAAUAAAUUCUUAAUGAUUGGUUUGAACUUGAUGUACUUUUUGACUACCAAUCAACAUGCACAGUUUCACAUGCUGUUAGAACAGAUCGACCAAAAUGUUCAACAGAACAAUCCGUACAUUACAACACCGGUAAAAUUGGAACAGUCACUCAUGGAAGGUGUUUAUAAUAAGGUUGUUCUUACAGAGAAAAAUAUCCCUAGUCCAUAUUAUGCCCUAUUUAUUCGUAUAUCUAUGGAUACAGUACGAGAUGAGAUAGCUUCAUGUAUUGAAUGCUCCUUCAAAAAGGUUUCACAGAAAGAUGCUGCGAGGUUGCUUCUUUUCAACAGUGUCGGUGAAGUUGUUUCCUUUGCAAAAAAGCGCUGUUGGAAAAGUGCGGGCAACACAUAUAUUUUCGAACAGGGGCUGUCCAGUGUAAGUUCUCAUUCUAUCGCGAAAUAAAUGGAAACCUCUAUAAAUUUGUUUAAAUCUAUAGAUCCAACAAAUUGCC